CCAAGCUGUGGCGUCAAGUGACCACCUCCCUGUGUGCCGUCAUCAUGUUCGACGGCAAACAUCGUGUGGGGGUGGUCCAACACCUGAUGAUGGCGGAGUACCUGGCCGCCCAGAGGAAUGACGAGGGGACGGUCGUCAUCUGGGUGGCCAAACACAAACUCGGGGACAAAACGCCGGCCACCGUUGUCCUCGAUGCGGCUACCGCCGAGUUCGUGGACCGUUACUACUUGUUACGCCGCAAGAUAGCAAACGCGACCGUCGACAACUUCUUUGUCACCAACACCGGGCACGAGGUAAACAAAAUAUUUGACCUCCUAAACGCCGCCAUCCGGGAGAAGAACAUCCGGUACCCGGGCGGCGAUUUAGUCAAAGUGUCCGGUGGCUGGCUGCGCAAGCAGCUAGAGACGUCGGCGGUAGACCACGAACCGGCGGUGGCGGGCCAUGUUGCUGCGGCGCUGCAGCACUCGGAAGACACCGCACGAAGGCAUUAUCAGAUGGACAGCUCGACCACGGCCAUCCGUCAGCACCAGGCGGUGGUCGCGGUCGAGCAAUCGAAAUUAAUGGAAGAGUUCAUCUGCGCAAAUCUGGAAAUGUUCUUCGUGGGGGACGCGAGGACCAAGCCGCCGGCGUACGAGGAGUUCCGGGCACAGCUCCUCGAAAGGCAUUAUAUGGAGACAAUGUUCCCGGGCGCCACGCUGACCCGGAACUCCUACAGCACCAUCUUGGAAAGGUGGACGAUGAACUUGGCGGACUCCAUCGCCAGGGAAGUCGUCCGCCACUGCCGGCGGGAGAGGUACAAGGCUCCCCUAGGUGUCGUCCAGUUGACGCACGUGGCGCGCGAUCUGGGGUGCGCCUGGUGGACUAAGAACGAGUUCACCAGGGCCAGGUUGUUGCGCCGCGUGAACAGCGCGCUGCAGCAGCAACUGUAAAUAUUUUG